UACUGUGAUUAAUUUCAGUUAAAUGUAUAACAUGUACACGGUACAAGUUAAUGGACAAUUAAAAAUCCCAAGUAACGGCUCUCCGUCAAAAGGAGAGGUGUCGCACAUGAAAACAUGAUUUGUUGGUGUCACACAUGAAACUCCCAUGUGGCCUUUGUGAUUGAAGUCCGCGUGAGUCACGCAACUCGACUUGAAUAGUUUUCUCUAUUUUACACAUUAAAAGUGAGUCAAAGCGCCCUACCUCUUAAACACAGAGACGUCCAACCGCCCCCAUUCAUUUCACAGAAGCGCUGCGGGGCAAAAUUGCGCACAGGCGUCGCGCGCUGAGCACGCCAUGCUCCCCAUCGGGACCGGAGCAGAAAGACACGCCAAAAGCACUGAUCCCGAACAAGUGCUGUGAUUAACUGAGUGAUACGUACAGGCGCAAACAUGCCUACAUUCCGCUGCCGGGGAAAGCGAAGAAAAUAACGAAACACGGCUGAUUUGUUUUUAAUAUUCCCAUAUGUUCCACAUGAGGAAAGUUAAGAUUGGAGAAAGCAUUUGUGUAUUGGUAUUGCUUUUUUCCGGGCUUGUGACGUGUUCAGGUGUUUUUGGAAGCCCUUUGACAGAUGAUGUGGUCACGCUGGGAACACUGAGUGAGAAUAUUCCCAGUGAUUACAGAGUACCUGUUAAUUUCAUCUCCAAAGACGUGGGUGGAGCUUGCUGGCUACAUCUUAAUCUGUACCCAGUUGAAAGCAGUUUAAAAACAUUAGCCUUCAAGUUUGGCAACCUAUCCACCAACAGAGCAAACAUCACCCUUUUUAUUACAAUGCUGCAGGGCUUUCGCUUUACCCUGGAUAAUGAGGAGCUGGAGGUAACGAUGCAAACAUUUAAGUGUCACUACAGAAGGGUGAAAUGGCCAACUAGGCGGUACUUUGCCCAUGUUAAAGAGGUUCUUAUUGCAGCUGGGCCCACGCUCGGGGAGAUUCAUCACUGCACUCCUCCACCCUGCCGGACCCCCGCAGCCGCCCCUUUCACACCAGGCAAACACAAACAGCAGAACGGAAUGAACGGAGCGAUCCAUGGACUCCUGGCGCUGCUCAUCAUCCCCAGCAUGGCGGUUCUGGUUCUCACUGUCAAAAUGGUAUUCAGAAGAGGAGGUUGUUGUUCUCAAAGAAGGCCCGAAAUGACACCCGGUUUACAUGAGCCCCAUGACGAAGCUGCAGAAAGCAGCCAUGGACCCCAGAGAGGAGAUGUGCAACUUCUCCGUGAGCCUCUCGACGCAGCUGCGCGAGGAGGCCCUGUGUCCAGUUCCCACAGUCAGCAGGACAGGGUGUGGCUGGAUUCUUUAGACUGUGCAGACACAGAGGUUUAAUCUUAAAAAUGCACGAGAAAUCAACAAAAAUGGCGAUAUUUUUGGCAAUAUGUCCAGAUUCAUGAAGUAGACAAUGAAGGGAAUGGAACAUUUACACUCGUGCCAAAGGACAACGCUACAAAGGGACCCAUCAGACGUCUUUAUCGACACGCAGAGACUUACUCAUCAAGCCAUACCUGCUCGCCACAAAAACACUAAGCAGAAGAGACAAAUCACAACUUGCGCUGGGCUUAACCAAUCAAUGGGAGUCUGCUGCUCCGGGAUGUGCUGCUAAGACACGGCCAUGGGAAGGCUUGUAUGAUGUCAUGCGGCAGGAAGUGAGGCCCUUUGAUGAGUGUGUUGAGUGGCAGAGAGGCGUCUGCUGUUGUGCCCGCGGCGGGUCGUUGCCUUUGAGGAGUGCCAGUGGUCCUACAGGCCCCUACGCGUGGAACAAAUGGCUUUUUUGUGGCAGCUCCACAUCGCAUGAGGAUGGUGGUUUAUGUUGCAUCAAAAACAUCUUUGGAACAGAGCGCUCGCUUGUCUAGAAAUACGUUCGAUUUAGAGCGUGGACCGAAAUGGGCCAAGAUUUUUGAGGUUUUACAACUCGCUUUACGACUUUUCUCAGUAUGAGGAGGAUGGUACUGGACAAUUCUGACUUAGCAUUGUAUUUACAUUAAGAGUUGUGUUCUCACAAUCUUGAAUCCACUUACUGGUUUUAACAGUCUAACAGGGCAUAUGCUGUACAGUGUGAGGUCCAAAAGUAUGACUACAUUGAAUAUCUAGUUUUCAAUGUAUAGAAUGUAUGAAUAUUCAUAUUAUUUUUUUCCAUGUAAAUAAAUAUAUUUAUUCAAAAACUACCAGAUUUGUAUAUCUAUUAAAGCAGUUGAGGUGCUAUUCGGACAUUGUCAAGUCAUGCUGGAAUAGCAUGCUGGCAAAAAAUGCACUGUUAAAUCACAACCAAAUAUUAAAACAUUCUCAAAUUCAGCAGAUUUUUUUUACUUUUAUUAAAAUUUUUAUCGGAUAAAAAAAAUGAAGUUGCAAAAUAGAAGGCCCCAGACUUUUGGACCCCACUGCAUAAAGAUGUGCUCUCUCUCUCUCUCUCUCUCUCUCUCUCUCUCUCUCUCUCUCUGUCUCUCUCUCUCUCUCUCUCUCUCUCCCUCUCUCUCUCUCUCUCUCUCUCUCUCUCUCUCUCUCUCUCUCUCUCUCUCUCUCUCUCUCUCUCUCUCUCUCUCUCUCUCUCUCUCUCUCUCUCUCUCUCUCUUCUCUCUCUCUCUCUCUCUCUCUCUC